AUGGCGUCGGGCGCCGCCGGGAUGCUCGGUCGCCUCGUGCGCGCUUGCACCUUGUCUGUGUUGCUGCUGUUGCUGAUCGGUGGUCCCGCGGCGACGCGCGCAUCAUACCAGCCUCAGGGCGGAGAGUGUAAAGGAAAAGCGUGUGCAGGCGUGUCUGAAAAGAAGAGCGACCUGCGCGUGUGUGACCAGUCCACGUGCCGCUUCGGAGGCGUUUGCAGAGAUGAUGAUUCGCAGCUAAAGUGUGUUUGUCAGUUCCAGUGCCAUAAGAACUACGUUCCGGUGUGCGGCUCCAACGGGGACACGUACCAGAACGAGUGCUACCGGCGCCAAGCGUCAUGCAAACAGCAGAGGAUCAUCUCCCGUGUGGCGCAUGGACCUUGUUCUGACGAUCCUGGCUCAGGUUCUGGUGAUCCAGAUGAUGAAGAAGAAGGUUCUGCUUCUGAUGUAAUCAAGAAAAGCAAGUGCAGCACAUGCAAAUACGGAGCAGAAUGUGAUGAGGACGCGGAAGAUGUAUGGUGCAUCUGCAACAUAGACUGCAGCGGCCACAACGAGAACCCAGUAUGCGCCACCGACGGCAACUCGUACAACAGUCCGUGUUUGGUCCGAGAGGCGUCCUGCAUGAAGCAGGAGCAAAUCGACGUGGAGCACCUAGGCAGAUGCCGAGCCGACAAAGAUAAAUUCAGCAGGAAGGACGACGGAGGUCCUUUCAAAGUAAACGUCCUAGAAACUAAAGGACUGGAACACGGAGAUGGGUUCUACGCCGGAAUGCCAAACAGCUGCGGUGACUCGCACCCUGGAUUUUGUCUGCACGGCCGGUGUGAGAUCCACUAUAACAUGCCCACCUGCAGGUGCGAGUCUGGGUACAAAGGCGUCCGCUGCGACGAGCUUCAGGACUUCAACGUUCUUUACGUAGUCCCCAGUGGCCAGAAACUGCAUUACGUCCUGAUCGCGUCCGUCAUCGGUGCCGUGCAGAUCGCCAUCAUCGUGGCCGUUGUCAUGUGCAUCACCAGGAAAUGUCCAAAGAACAACCGCGGCCGUCGACACAAACACAACCUCGGACAUUUUUCUGCAGAAACUAACUCUAGGAUGGUAUAG